GGAGGAGCAGGAGGAGAUGCUAGGACCGGGUCAGUCUUUGCUAUUUCUCCGCGUGUUCGCCGCCCACCGGCUCAGCCCAAGGGGGCACCCUGGAUGCAAUGUUACAUGGUGCCCUGUGGAGGUGAAUGCGCGGUGGCUGGCCGCGGUGGUCAUGGAUCAAGGCUCUUGGACGACGAGAUUCCGGCAAGGACCGCGAGGGUCAUGACGAUGGAGAGUCUCUUGGCCCGUUGGUCUCUUGCCACGAUCAUAAGAGGCUGCUUCAGCUCUUUUCCUUAAAGACGAAGAAAACCUCACAUCUUGGCUCCCCAUCCAUUGGCAAGGUGAAACGUCUCCCCGGUGGAUAAGCAAAUAAUCCCAAGAUGCAUCUCCCACGCCUCACCUCCCUGCUGCUGCCGCUGCAGCUCGCCGCCGCCGCCGCCGCCGCCGCCUCUCAGCCGCCGCGCGGACGCUGCAACGACGUCGACAUCCUCGCGGGCCAGCACGUCGUCUACUCGUGGGCGGCGAGCAGCGCGCCCCCGCAGGAGCUGCUCGACCUGACGCGGCAGGGCCUCGUCGGCGGCGUCAUCCUCUUCGGCGAGAACAUGGACGCCAACACGACGACCAACGUGGCGCGCCUCAAGGCCGCCUACGACGCGUCCCCCGCGCCCGGCCUCCUCCGCAGGCUCACGGGCCGGCGCGCGCACUUCUUCGUGUCCACGGACCAGGAGGGCGGCUACGUCCGCCGCAUCGCCGGCGCCGAGCCCAAGCUCUCGGCCAAGCUCAUGGGCUCGGCGCCCGACCCGGCGGCCGCGGGCAAGGCCGGGGGCGAGGGCGCGGCCGCGGCGCUCAAGCAGUUCCUGCACAACGUCAACCUCGCGCCCGUGCUCGACGUGUUCCGCGAGGCCGGCGACUUCAUCGACUUCAAGGAGCGCUCCUUUGGCAACUCGUCGGCCCAGGUCGUCGCCGCCGCCGUGCCCUUCCUCGCCGCCCAGCAGGCCGCCGGCGUCGCGGGCGCGGCCAAGCACUUCCCCGGCCUGGGCGCCGCGCCGCACGACGCCAACACGGACCUGCAGCCCGUGACGCUGACGCAGUCCCUCGGCGAGCUGCGCGACGUCGACAUGAAGCCCUACGAGGCCGCCAUCGCCGCCGGCAUCGACAUGGUCAUGACCUCGUGGGCCCUCUACCCGGCCCUCGACGCAAAGUACCCCUCAGGCCUGAGCCGCAAGUGGGUGCAGGGCGAGCUGCGCGGCCGCCUCGGCUUCCGCGGCGUCACCAUCACCGACGCCAUGGAGGCUGGAGCCAUCGCCCCCUUUGGCGACGCCGCCGCCACCGGCCUCCUCGCCAAGAAGGCCGGCAUGGACAUCCUCCUCGCCAGCCAGCGCAACGUCACCCAGGGCGACGUCAUCCGAAAGGCCAUUGUCCGCGGCCUCAAGUCCGGUGCCCUCGACCACAAGGAGUUUGACGCCGCCACGAGGCGCAUUGCCGAGAUGAGGAGCAAGAUUGUGGCCUAAGGAAGGGGGGGG